AUGCAUGUCAAGGACUUCGCGAGUAGUAGUUGUCAUCAUGGUGUAGGACAUGUUGAUGAAGGCAAGCAUAAAUCUGUCGACGUUCGAGGACCGGUCAGGGAGGGGCUCAAGCAUUUCUCCGCGAGCUUGUCGAAAGGCUUCUGCAACGGAUAUGGCGGAAGUGAACUUUUCAACAUCGUCUUCGUCACGAUGUGCCUCCCGUUUGAGAUCGCGGAGCGAACGACCGAUACAGAGCUUCGUACCCUCGGCGACGUAGCCACCAUCGUCUACGACGAUCGAUUACUAGACGAGGACGCUCACUACACCUGGGGUAUCGACCACGCCAAGGGUGCCGUGGUGGUAGUCCGGCCCGAUCUCUGGGUGGGAAUAAGUGCUUUCCCGGACGAGACGGCGCGGUUGAAACAUUACUUUGGAAACUUCCUACUCCCUCAAAGUGAAGCAACGGAAGCCGAAAAGGCCCCCAACGCCAUGCCAGCCGAUAGAACGGAAGCUGAUACCGAUGUCGGAGAGCCGACGAACGACCAUCUUGUCGACGGAUCCGUGCCAGACUCCACCGCCAACGGAACCACGACCGGGGAAGAAGCCAAAGAGGCAACGACGAGUGGAUCUUCGGCCCCUUGGCUCCUUCCCUGUUCGUGGGGAAAGGCAACCAAAGAGGCGGCGGUUGGCGGAAGCGAAGCGGAUUCGAAUGCACGUAAGGAGCCAAUGGAUGAGCUGAAGGACAAGGUCGCAAUGGACGCUGCUCAUGAUGGUCCUGCAUUUGAAGAGGCGAUGAUUGAGAUCCCUGUCAACGAGCCAGGAGCCUCCACAGACGGUGGGAAGGGCGAGUAUUUUGUGACCGAGUCCGCCAGCGUCAAUGCCACUCACUGA